AUGGUGAAACAGACAAUACAGAUAUUUGCUCGCAUUAAACCCACUAAGAAAACUACGACGGUGUACUCUGUGGACAAUGAGGAGCAGACAGGUGCUGCUCUGGAGUUCGUGGUGCCUAGGGACCUGGCUGACGGCUUUGUUAACAACAAGAGGGAGUGCUACAAGUUCAGGUUCCAGAAAGUGUUUGAUCAAGCCGCCAAACAGGAAGACAUAUUUGAAAAGAUUGCUAAACCAGUUGCAGACAGUGUAUUGGCUGGCUUUAAUGGCACCAUUUUUGCCUAUGGCCAGACGGGCAGUGGGAAGACCUUUACCAUCACAGGUGGGGCCGAGCGCUACAGCGACCGUGGAAUUAUUCCUCGCACGCUAUCUUAUAUCUACGAGUGCUUCAGCCAGGACAGCGGUGUGGUUUAUAGCACCCACAUCUCCUACCUGGAGCUCUACAACGAGACCGGAUAUGACCUUCUGGAUUCCCGUCAUGAAGCAUCUCGACUGGAGGAUCUACCAAAAGUAAUGAUCAUGGAGGAUCCGGACCAGAACAUUCAUCUCAGGAACCUGUCGCUGCAGCAGUCGGCAAACGAAGAAGAAGCUCUGAAUUUGCUCUUUCUGGGUGACACCAAUCGUAUGAUUGCAGAGACUCCCAUGAACCAGGCAUCCACACGUUCCCACUGCAUUUUUACCGUGCACUUGUGCAGGCGCGAGCCCGGCUCGGCCACCUUGAGGCGCUCCAAGCUCCACCUGGUGGACCUGGCUGGAUCGGAUAGAGUUAGCAAGACUGGCCUGAAUGGGCAGCUGCUCACUGAGGCCAAGUACAUCAACCUCUCCCUCCACUACUUAGAGCAGGUGAUCAUAGCUUUGUCAGAGAAGCAUCGCACCCAUAUUCCCUACAGGAACUCCAUGCUAACCUCUGUUCUGAGGGACAGCCUUGGGGGCAACUGCAAGACCACCAUGAUCGCCACAAUGGCAGUUGACAAGAGGAACCUUGAUGAGUCCAUCUCUACGUGUCGCUUUGCACAGCGCGUAGCUGUCAUCAAGAAUGAGGCGAUACUAAAUGAAGAACUGGAUCCUACUCUGCUAAUAGUGCGAUUGAAGAGGGAGAUCCAAUCUCUGAAAGAAGAGCUGGUCAUGAUGACAGGAGAGCAGAGAGAUGACCAGCUAACUGUGGAGGAGAUCCAGAAGUUGGAAGACUUAGUCAAGGCCUUUGUGGGUGACCCUGAUCCAGACGUGACACUGUCAUUGGGACCAGACAUGAGAAAAAUCCAGCACUGUUUCUCCCUGCUGAAGAUAAUGAUCCUGGACAAGAAGGGUGGAGGAAACAGGUGUAGUGAUGGACAAGCAUCACCAUCAGCAAUAGCGAAGGAAGGAGAAAUUCAUAACAAUCACCACAGUGCAGCAGAAGUGACCAAAUUAAAGGAGAUGCUGACACAACGUGAUAAUGAGAUCAGUAUCCUGAUUCGGAUGUUGAAGAAAGAGAAAAAAAGGGCCCAGGAUGCUGCUGCACAGCUCGCUAACACCACCAGUGGCCAGGGCCUGACCUCCCAGAGUGCCUCCACUAUAUCACCAGUGCCACUUGUGAGGGAGGGAAGCAAGGACACCAUCUCUGCUGACCGUGAAGGACGAGCUAUACAAUACAUGAAAAAAGGUCCACAGCUGUCCGUGGGAAAGCAGGAGGCCUUUGAAACCUUCAUCAGGGACCAUGAGGACCAUCUGACCAUAGAAGACAAUAAGAGCCUCCUCAAACAGAGGUCAGCUGAGGCCAGAAGACUUGGGGAACAACUGCAUGAAGCCAGAGACAAAAUCAAUGAAUUGAAGAAGCAGUUAGAGUUACGGCGGAGGCAGAGAGCAGCUCAUGGUGUAAUUGAAAAUCACACAGAGGUCAAGGAGGAGCUGGACCCAGUGGAAGAAAACCUGCGUGAACACAUUGAGCAAGGAAAAAAGCUUUACAAGAGCACCGUUGGCCGUCUGAAAGCACUGAGGACAGAGAUUGAGCACCUGCAGCUGUUGCUGGAGAGGGCAAAGGUCAAACUCCAGAAGGACUUCCAUAAGUGGUGGAGCCAGGAGGCUUCCAGUACGCAGGAGUCUGACACGGAGGCUGCAGCCAGAUGUCAAACAAGGUCACCACAUGGAACCUUGCAGCCGUCUUCACCUGGUACUCCAGACUUUGGGCCGCCCGGUCUGAGCAGCACUGUGAGAAACUCCCCAGCAAGCCGAGACCCAGACCCAGACUGUUCCACUUCCUCUGCUCAAGACCCCAGGAACCUUUCAGCCACCACGCUCUCAUCCUCCUCUUUACCACUAACGGGAGACCAGCAGACCGACGCAGACAUCAUGGCCUUUGUCAGAGCCAGGCAAAACCUCCUCAACAGGACAGAGCCCGACAACAUCAUUGAGGGCCCCUUUCUGCUCAAGGGCCACUGA